CGCAGUAAGGGGUGGGCUAUGGGAGUGGAAGAACCGAGGUUGAGGUUAUGGUUCGUAAGGGACAAGGGUUGGUUGGGGGUGGAAGGUGACAAAUCGGUGUAGGAUGGGAUCGGAUGUCGGGAUGGAAUAGGGGCCGAGAUGAGACGAGGGUCCAGGUGAAAAGACUGUUUCCUAGAUGUUAUAUUGUUGGAAAGCGGUUUCCAAUUGUUCAUGUGCAUAUAAUGGGGGAAAUUAUUGAGGUUUCCAGUUUUGCAGAAACAGCGGCAGCACACAAGCGGGACUUAGGAGAGAGCUUCGAUGAGAGAGUGAAUAUGGCAUUGAGUGAGCGGCAUGGAGGUUUAGCAGAGUGCAUGGCACAAGUUGGAUCAUUGUCAGACAAAAUGGAUAGAGCUAGACGACUGAAUGUGCUGAAGAGAGAUUUCACCAUCAAUGGGUUGAUGUAUGAUCCUUUUCAACAUAUCAUAUAUGAUUAUGUUGGCGGUGUACGGGAUCUUCAGCGGCCAACGGUAAUGUGGCAGCCGUGAAACACAUGGGUUUUAUAAAUGGUGAUUCUCCUUGCAAAGAGCAAUGUAGUCUGCUGUGGUCUUCACCGACUCCUCAGAGAGUGGGAAGAAAAAAGCAAAAGCAAAACAACACUGAAUAAAGCAUGACACGAUAG